AUGGUUUACAAUCAUGGUUUGAAACCUGUUGUAUGGUAUUUUCAAUGUUAUCACAUAAAAUGUAACAAUUUAAUCAAUGAUUUAGUUAGUUAGCAAGCAAAUUAUUUUAAUAACAGCGUCAAGACAACAAGGACAUUAUUCCAAUGACGUUUUCUCAUGUGGGUGAGCACUGAGCAGGCAGGUGGCUGAUGGAUACAUUUGUGAGUCAAACCAGGAAGCGCUAUAUUGAUGGGAGAACAGAUGAACAGAGAGAACCUGUGUGGAAAAAAUGUAAAGGGGAAGAAUGCAAUCAGGGGAUUGUAAAGGAGGAUGCCUAUUUGACUGAGUUCUCUCAGCCUCUUCCUUGGCAGAAGAUUGAAGCAGAGGGACUGGACUGUGACUAUGCUCUACUCUUUCCUAAAAAGGAAGCAGACUCCCUCUACACACAGCUGGAGGAGGAGGUAGUCUACCUCACAGGGGAUAAAACAAAGAUUCAGGUGUUUGGAAAGGUCUACAAUGUCCCCAGAAAGCAGGCAACUUAUGGGGACGCAGGACUAACCUACACCUAUUCUGGAAUGAGUCUUCAGGCCAGCCCGUGGACUCCAACCUUGGAGUACAUUCGUGAUGCUGUUACAAAGGCAACAGGCCAAACCUUCAACUUCGUCCUGAUUAACAGGUACAAAGAUGGACAUGAUCACAUGGGUGAGCACCGUGAUGAUGAGCGGGAACUGGACCCCCUCUGUCCCAUCGCCUCCGUAUCUCUGGGGGCGGCCCGGGACUUUGUCUUCAGACACCGGGAAGCACGGGGAAAACAGUGCCGACGGCAGAUCAACCCGGUGAAGCUGGAACUGGCCCAUGGAAGCCUGCUCCUCAUGAACUCUCCCACAAACACCCUAUGGUACCACAGCCUGCCAGCCCGCAAGAGGGUCCUCACACCCCGCAUCAACCUCACCUUCAGACGCAUCCUCCAAGACGGCAAGAAAUGAGGGUCAGACAAGGUCCGUUGGGAGUCUCACUUCAUUGUGGCUGACGUCAGGGGGCGUACUGUCUAAUCACUACGCCCACAUCAGGGGUUG